UUUCUUUUUUUUUUUUUUUGAAAUGAUGUCAUAUUGCUGGCACUGGAGACCUAAGUAUGGAAACCAUGGAAACACUCCGGCCAACUGCACAACUCUAGCUAGCAUAUUCCCACCACCACCCACCCACAUUGGAGGCGACCCGCCAGAGCAGGGCUGACUCCAGACCGCCCAAACCCAAGAACCAAAAGACAAGAAAACAGAAAACAACCCAACCAGGGCGGGAGGCGGGGGACCAGGACGGAGGGACCGAAACCAAACAGAACACAUGGAGCAUGAGACCAAAACCGAGCCCAGAAACAUACAAAAACAGUCCAAAACAAAAGAUGCUGGAGUCCAGGGAAACAGCGUCCAUGGAGAACAGAAGGCCGACCCGGGGGGCGACAGCACAAAAGUUCAUAGUCCGGCUGUUCCGGGGGCCGGCCACGUGAGAAGUGGCAGCAGAACAGGUCCGGAGGCCGGCCGCGUGGAAGACUGCGGCGGCAGCAGAACGGGUCCGGAGGCCGGCCGCGUGGAAGACGGCGGCGGCUGCAGAGCGGGUCCGGAGGCCGGCCGCGUGGAAGACGGCGGCGGCUCUCAAGCGUCAGGCGUACUGGUCGAGGCUUGGUGGGCACAGGACCAGACGAGGGUGAAGCUGAAGCAGAGGCUGGACCAGGCGACGGCGCAGGCGGAGCAGAGGCCGGAGCUGGACCAGCGAGAAGAGAUGCAGAGCCAGCAGGUGCGGAGACCCCUGGCUCAGCGGACACCAACUGUAGCUGCACAGGGCACGCAGUCGGCUUGGGAUGCAACGGCUGGGGCUGUGCGGGGCAAACAGUCUGUCCAAAAUGUGUCAGCACCACGCGGUCUUCAGCUGGCACGUCCAGCUCUUCAGAGCAGGAACUGGAUUCCGAUUGCGGUGAGGGACGGCGACGGCGAGAACGCCGCUUUCUCUUAG